AUGUCAACGUCACGCAAAUCAAUUAUUGAAAAAUUUAUUAUUGCUGUCAAUGACCCGAAAGUUCCUGAUCUCGGCCAAGUUCUCGAAGACGAUGUACAGAAAAUAUUAAACUCAAAAGUUGUUUACAAUAAUAUUCAAGAAGCUCGAGAAUAUUAUAUUAAAGAACUAGAUGGUGAAUCAACAUCUCAAUGGGCAAUUGUUGAAUGUAUACCAGAUGAUCCGAAAAAAAAUACAUUACGUGCUCGAAUUUCACAUAACAAUAAGACAGCUGAUACCGUAUAUACAUUUAGUCCUGCUGAUAAAAUUCAACGAAUAGAUGUCGUUAACUAA